CGGGAGUUCUCGAGUCGUGCGACGAGGCGGCGGCGGCGGCCCGGGACUCGGUGAUGGAUGGGGCGCUUCCGCAAAGAUGGCGGCGGCUGCGGUAAGAAGCGCUCGGCUGACGGCCUGGGGCGGCCGACUGCGGCGUGGGCUCUCCGCCGGCCGGCGGGCCUUGCCGGGCCCCAGCCCCUUGGCGGCGGCAGUGGCCGGCGCGGCCCUGGCAGGCACAGGAGUGGCAUGGUACCACGGCCGCGUGAACGUCGCGGCGCCCGAAGGCAGGCUCACCGUCUUAGCGCAGAAAAUGGCCGACUCUGGAGAGAUGGGAGAAAAACUGUCCCUGCGUAAACAGCGCUUCAUGCAGUUUUCUUCACUGGAACAUGAGGGCGAAUAUUACAUGACACCACGAGACUUCCUCUUUUCAGUAAUGUUUGAGCAAAUGGAACGUAAAACUUCAGUGAAGAAGCUGACCAAAAAGGAUAUCGAGGAUAUACUGGCAGGAACCCAACCAGCUUGUCGUGGAUCAACCUUUUUUAGAGACCUUGGCGAUAAAGGACUGAUAUCAUAUACCGAGUAUCUUUUCUUGCUUACCAUCCUCACUAAACCCCAUACUGGGUUUCAUGUUGCUUUUAAAAUGCUGGAUGCAGAUGGUAAUGAGAUGGUUGAGAAAAAGGAAUUUUUUAAGCUGCAGAAGAUCAUAAGUAAACAAGAUGAUUUGAAGACAACAGCUAAUGAAACGGAGUGCCAGGAACCAACAGUGAAAGAACCUGAAAUUACCACAACCCUUCAGAUACAUUUCUUUGGAAAAAGAGGAGAAAGAAAACUUCAUUAUAGAGAAUUUCGAAGAUUUAUGGAGAAUUUACAAACAGAGGUCCAAGAAAUGGAAUUCCUUCAGUUUUCUAAAGGUUUGAGUUUCAUGAGAAAAGAAGACUUUGCAGAAUGGCUACUUUUUUUCACUAACACUGAAAAUAAAGACAUCUAUUGGAAAAACGUAAGAGAGAAGUUGUCAGCAGGAGAGAGUAUUAGUUUGGAUGAGUUCAAGUCCUUUUGUCAUUUUGCCACCCACCUAGAAGAUUUUGCUAUUGCCAUGCAAAUGUUUAGUUUAGCUCACCGUCCUGUCAGACUGGCGGAGUUUAAGAGGGCCGUGAAAGUAGCAACAGGGCAGGAACUCUCAAACAAUAUUUUGGACACCGUGUUCAAGAUCUUUGAUGUGGAUGGUGAUGAAUGUCUUAGUCAUGGAGAGUUUCUCGGGGUGUUAAAAAACAGGAUGCAUCGAGGUUUAUGGGUACCACAGCAGCAAAGUAUACAAGAAUACUGGAAAUGUGUGAAAAGAGAAAGCAUUAAAGGAGUAAAAGAAGUCUGGAAACAAGCCGGAAGAGGUCUCUUUUAGAAAAAGAUAAUACGGGAAUUACAUUGCUCCGAAUGUCAGAAUUUGGAAUUGUUUUUUAAGUACUAGAUGUUUGUCUUCUGGAGUCUUCAUUGAUUUUCUUUGUAAUAUAAAGACGCCUUGUAUUUACUUCCUGAUUCAGUAA